GUCAUCAGAAGCAGAGGGAAAGAGUGACGCAGCGUCGCUCCAGAGAGGAAGAAAGGGAGGAAGGAGGAAAGGAGCGUCCCUUUUUCCGCCACUGGUGGACAGAUGGAGAGACAGCAUAAUGAAAGAAGAAAAGAAGGCAGUUGUUCUGGUGAUGUGAAGCGAUAAAGGAGAACAAAAGGACAGACGCGCAGAAGGAGACAAGAGAAGGAGGCGUUUCCUGUCGGAGCUUGCUGGAAGGGAAGCAGGUGAUUGGACGACACAUGCUGGAGGGCGGAGCCAUGAUGGGCAAAGAUUAUAUGUUGGCAAUUAUCAUCGUCAACUAUGAGGAUAACAUCUGGACGGACCAGAACCUGCUGCUGGACCCGGACCUUCCAUUUGGAUGGAGAACCAUUAAAGACUCCACAGGGACCUACUACUGGCACGUUCCCACUGGUGCCACCCAGUGGCAGCACCCACGACUCAGUGGGUCACCAGAGCUGCGUGGUCACCAGCAGGAGGAGGUGAGGCACCAGACCUCCAGCAGACAGACAGAUGGAGCACCUGAGGACAGGUCAUCUUGGCAUGAAAAUGAUGUGACCCAUCACGACCCAAACUCCAAGUGUUUUGCUGUGCGCUCCCUCGGCUGGUUGCAGGUAGAGGAGGACGACCUGUCUCCUGGACGCAGCAGUCUUGCUGUCAGUAAUGCUAUCCAGCAGCUGUCUCACUGCAGCAGCCCUGAGAAGAGAGACAGGCAGGGGGCGUGGGGAGAAGGCCGGGAGAUGAUGCUGGUGCUGAAGAAAGACACUCUCACCCUGUUGGAUCUGUUAGACCACACCCCUCUGCACUGUCAGCCAAUCAUCAACAUCCGUGUUUGGGGUGUGGGCUGUAACAACGGCAGAGACAGGGACUUUGCCUUUGUAGCGGGUGAUAAGGACAGCUGCAUGCUGAAGUGCCACGUGUUCCGCUGCGAUGCCCCUGCCAAAGCUAUCGCUACGGCACUGCACAACAUGUGCUCCAAGAUGAUGUCAGAAAAGGUGCUGAUGAGACCGACACAUUCUCAGACGAUGGAGAGCAGCUCACCUGAAGACCUGCCCAGACAAGUUGAAGUUCUGGAAGUGGCGCGCCAGCAGGUCCAGAGGUUUGAGGUCCAGUACAUCGGAAACCUGCCAGUGUCCAGAGCCAUGGGUAUGGAGGUGCUGAACAAAGCCAUCGAAAGUAUCAUGAACUCGACAGACAGGGAUGACUGGGAACCGGCCGUCAUCCACAUACGUGAUAACGUCCUGUCGCUGUGCAAAGGACACGAAGGGGAGGAGCCUUUCUGGGAGUGUCAGGUGCGAUUUCUGACGUUUCUUGGAGUCGGCCAUGACAGCCACACCUUCGCCAUCAUCAUAGACGGCGGCACGCAGCGUUUUGAAUGCCACGUGUUCUGGUGUGAACCAGAUGCUGGAAUCAUCUCAGAAGCCGUUCAGGCUGCUUGUAUGGUCCAGUACCAGAAGUGUUUGGUGGCUCAGACUCCUCCUCCAAGGUUGAAGUCGUGGCGUGUGACCUCCUCAAAGGUCAAACGGGCCAACUCGGUGGACGGCUCUGUAAUCUCGCCGAACAUUUCCCAUCAGCAUGUUGGCGAGAUCACCACACUGUCGCCAAGGGCAACCAAGAACAAUGGCGAUGGUGGUAGCAGCGUGAGGAGGGGCAUGUUGGCCUUCUUUGAAAGUCUACGCAACAAACAGGCCACCACUUCCUAACAGCGAAGCGGCGUCAUGGUCAGAGCCGCGUGUCAGCCUGCCUCACUGACCACCACAGCAAUGAUGUCAUCAGCUGAACUCUACAAAUGACUACUUCCUGUGCCUUCACCAGCCAAUACAGUGGAGAGUGUUCCGGCGCCACUCAUCUACCAUUGGUUGACUGAUGCCUGCUACUGCCGUUCCAUUGGUGGUUUCAUCUCAGAUUUGUGGGCGGGGCUAUCAUCCGACCUUUGCCCUGCCUCCCGCAGCCUCCAAAUGCACACAUGGGAGAUGUGAAAGGUCACGGGGUCACCAAAAGCCACAGAGUAGCUGAAUGGGAGGAGCUUAAGUCAGGUGUUAUGUAUAAGCACUAAUGAUUCUAAUGUUCAGAACUAUUUGAGGAAUUCAUUUAGAAUCGCAACUCCAAACCUCGGCCCCAACACACAAUCAACUGAGCCUUUUUUCACCACACCAUAAUCCUCCAUCAAACGACCAGCAGGGG